AUGCUGGAAACAGCUCGAGAGCUCACCCUGGAAGCCGCCCAGUCCGCCGCAAGCAACAGAACCUCGAAAACGGACUACUCCUCGCGUACAUACAGUGUUGCUCACAUUAAAAAGCUGUUGGAUAGUCGUCAUGAGAAAGAAGUCCUGGAUGGCAUGCAGAAGGUUAUCUCGUUGAUGUACCGAUCUGAGCCCACCCACCCCUUCUUUUCGGCUGUGGUUAAGAACGCUGCCACCUCGGAUCUCGAAGUAAAGAAACUGGUAUACAUUUAUCUGGUUCAUCAUGCGGAGGAAGAACCGGAUCUGGCCUUGCUCUCCAUCAACGCUAUUCAAAAGUCCCUGACCGACUCGAACCCGCAAGUACGAACAAUGGCCCUCAGGACAAUGGGAGGGAUUCGCGUCCCGGUCAUCAGCCAGAUCGUGUCGUUGGCUAUCAAGCGCGGGUGCGGUGACAUGAGUCCACAUGUGCGGAAGGCGGCCGCUUUGGCUAUUCCUAAGUGCUAUCGACUGGACCCGAGCACUCUACCCCAAUUAACUGGAUACAUUGAAACGCUGCUUGGAGACCCCCAGUAUUUUGUCGUCGGCCCGGCCGUUGCGGCAUUCUUGGAGGUUUGUCCUGAGCAGAUCGGAUUGGUUCACAAGCAUUACCGCAGUUUGGUUAGGAAGCUGGUUGAUAUGGAUGAAUGGGGUCAGCUCUCAACUUUGCGUCUCUUGACAUUCUAUGCACGGAGCUGCUUUCCACGGAAGACACAAAAGGUCAAGCAAGCCGGGACUAAGGCUUUUUACGACGAUGAUGAGCAAGAGAAUACCAAUGAUACAGGUGGCAGCGAAGAACACGAAGUAUUGGUAGUUGAUCCUGACCUUGAACUGCUAUUUCGAGCUUGUAAGCUGCUGCUGCAAAGUAGAAACUCAGCUGUCAUUGUCAGUGUUGUCCGCUGCUUUGUCUACCUGGCACCCCCUGACUACCUUGCUUCAGUCGUUGGGCCCUUGGUCGCUCUUCUUCGCAGCCCCCAGGAUAUGCAGUUGAUUGCUCUUUAUAACAUCGUUGUUGUUGCUCUAAGAGAUCCAAAGCCAUUUACUCGGUAUAUUGCUCGAUUUCUCGUUCAUGCCAUUGAUCCACCUCACAUAUGGCGCCUAAAAUUGGAGGUUCUCACGAUUAUAUUCCCCUAUUGUGGAAAGCAUUGGAAGGGUGUUAUCAUCAGUGAGCUUGAAAACUUUUCUAAGGGCACAGAUCCUGCGUUGGUUCGAGAAAGUGUACGAGCGAUUGGAAGGUGUGCACAAGGUGAUCCCACUACAUCGGAAUUGUGUCUACGCAUUUUACUCGGCCAGGUAUCCAGUCUUGAUGGGAACUUGGUCUCUGAGUCUCUGACGGUCAUUCGACAUCUGAUCCAACAAGAUCCCUCAUCGCACAAUCAAACUGUCAUUAAACUCGUCACAUUCCUUGGCACAACAACAAACCCUGACGCAAGAGCCACGAUUAUUUGGCUUGUGGGAGAGUUUGCAGGCAUGAACCCGAGUAACAACAUUGCGCCCGAUGUCCUUCGAAUUCUUAUUAAGGGUUUCGCCGAUGAACUGGAAGUUGUCAAGCAACAAAUCGUAUUACUCGGUGCCAAGGUUUACCUGCACCAUUUGCUGCAAAAACAACCCGAGGAGUCGGCCAAGGAUGUCACUACCACAGCCCCAUCCGAACGACCCGCGAAAAUUGAGCAGGACUUCCGAAAUGAAUGGUCGGAGGAUCAGACUGAGGAACAGAAGGACACAGAUCAAGCCCCCGAGGAUGCAGUCGCUCCCGCAGAAAACCUCGAAACAGGGGAGCCAGAAGAUCGCAUCACAUUGCUUUGGCGAUACCUCCUUCUACUUGCGCGUUAUGAUACGUCAUAUGAUCUCCGUGACCGCGCUCGGCUUUACAAGUCGCUUCUCGCCACGCCUUCAUCAACCCAACUCGCCAACCUCCUUCUUUUAGCCCCGAAGCCCGUUCCACAUGCUCCCAGUCCAUCUGAAACACGCAAAGAUCUUCUCGUGGGAACUGCUACCCUAAUCAUAGGCUCAGAAGCGGGCUUCCAUGGCCUUCGUGGAUACACCAACCUGCCAGAAUGGGUGGAGCCAGAACGGGCGCCUAGUCCUAGCCUCCGUACCGAGGAUACCAAGCCCGAAACUGCGUUGGCUCCAGCAGCAAUGACUGCCGGAGAUAAGCUGGAUCAAGCGCUCCGAGAACACCAGGCUGUUGCACCGCAACAAAGACGUAACGUUUUGGCCGCAUCAGGAGGUGGGCAUGGAAAGAAGACUUUGGAUCAAUGGCUUGGAGAAGAAGACGAGGAGACGGAAUCUGAGACUGAGUCAGAGGAGGAAACCGAUUCGGAAGAAGAGACUGAUUCUGAGGAGGAAGACUCGGAAGAAGAGUCUGAAGAGGAAGAUAGUGACGAGGAGCAGACCGAUUCUGAGACCGAGGCUGUGAAUAAGGAAGCCCAAACGUUACUCGGCCAGCCAAGCGCAAGUGCUCGUACAUAG